UGAGAUACUCUUAUAGCACCGCGAUGCAGUUUCACAUGUUCAGCAGUGCAAUUUCUGCAUUUAGUUAUACAUGCAAUGUACAGUGUGCAUUGUCUACACCGUCUUUGUUUAAUUGAUUAAUUCAUUAAAAAUGGUCUCAAAAAUUGUUUUUACAAAGUAUCUCACAUUACAUAACUCUCACUUCCCAGUGUGCACUUUUCACUGUUCAUCCAUCUGGGAUUCAAUAAAUAGAUCAUCAACUUCAUACAACAGUCUUUGCAAUCGUCGAGAUGCGGCGUCAGCAUUAUCAUCAUCGUUUUGUGGGUCGAUUCUUGUUGACUUAUCCCGACGAGGACUUCAUUCUGUACCCCAACUCGUCUACAAGGGUCCGGAAGAAAACGUAGCCGAAGAUCCGACGCCACGUGCUGACGACCACGUCAUCACUGUUCCAGUCCAUUUGAAGAAUCGGUUAGAACGAAAAAUGAUAAAGGAGAGUACGAGAGGUCAUCAGAGGAUGAAGAUUGUGGAGAAAUCUAGGGCAGGAAAUUCGUCGAAAGCGAUUAUCAACUGUAAACUACCAAUUUUUAAUUAUUAUCUGGGUCAGUCUUAUGCUAGAGGAGAAGAAAUUCCACUGGCUUCAAAAAAUUGGCAUCAUCGAAAAGCAGCAGGGGAUUGGUUCAGAAUUAAGCCUGUAGUGAAACCGGCCGCAUUCGGGUUUUCUACAACAGUAAAAGACACAACGUUCGAGGAUUUAGGUAUAAAAGCAGAAAUUGUGACCAGGCUACAUGAUAACAAGGCGUUGAAACCUACAUUAGUUCAGGAACUUGCAAUUCCUCAAAUUAUGAAGGGGUCUCACAAUCUUAUAACUGCGGAGACGGGAUGUGGUAAAACUUUGGCGUACAUGAUUCCUCUGAUUCAGCAAAUAUUGGUUGAAAAGAAGAGGCGAUUAAGACGUGGAGCUAAUCAACCUUUGGCCAUCAUUUUAGUGCCGAGUCAUGAGCUUGCUAGUCAAAUAUUUUAUGUUGCUACAAAACUCUCAUACGGGUUGGGAGUCAACGUAAAAUUACUCCAACAUGGGAAUUUAGGAUCAAAAAUAGCCACUCCAGCUUCCGACGUUAUUGAUUUAUUAAUAUCUACGAUCCAUGUGGUAUCCACGCUAAAAUCGGCUGGAGUGUAUGGAAUUAACAAAGUACAUCAUGUUGUUUUGGAUGAGGCCGACACAUUAUUGGAUGACAGUUUUUCACCCGAUGUGAUCAAUUUUUUACGGAGUUUUAAUUUUUACCCUGGACAACACCACGUAACACAGUUAAGCUUGGUCAGUGCAACGUUGCCUAAAACUGUGGAAUCAACCGUUGCUGAGCUUGUGCCCGAGGAAAGUAUGAACCGAAUUUCUACUCCAAAUAUACAUUGUGUCAUGUCACACGUUCCACAAAAUUUUCUUCGCCUAAGAAAGAGUCAGAAACCUGAAAAGCUUCUCGAAAUUGUGAAGAUUGAUUUAGAAACUGAGAAUCCCCUCAUAAUAUUCUGCAAUACUACCAAAACAUGCGACUGGCUGCGUAUCAUGUUGACUGACAAUAAUAUUCCAUGUAUUGCUGUACAUGGCGAGACACGCCCCAUGCAUAGGAAAGGAUUAAUGGAUAAAUAUCAAAAUGGCAACGUUAAUAUAAUGAUCUGUACUGACUUGGGCUCACGUGGUAUUAAUACAAUUCGGACACGACAUGUCCUUAACUACGACUUUCCAAUGUUUACCGCUGACUAUAUACAUCGAUGUGGGCGAACGGGAAGAGUUGGUUCUACGGGUAAAUGUAAGGUGACCAACUUUAUUGCUAGAAGAUUUGAAUUUCAAGUUGUUCAAGAAAUAGAGAGAAGUGUUCGUCAAGAUGUGUCGCUGUCAAAAGUUGAUGCAAACAUUAAACGCCUUCUGAAUGCUAGAUAUGGUAUGCAUAAGCCAAUUACUGGCAAUGACGACGAUGAAGAUGAUGAUGAAUAAAGGGAUUCACGAAGUAUUUAUGAUAUGUGUAUAUGUACAAACAUAUGUAAGUAUAGACUUGACGUUGUUAUUGUUUUAAUUUGGUACGUUCCGUCAUAAUAAAUUAAUCAUACCUAUUUGAA